AUGUCGGAUAAUACAGGUUUUUGGAGCUAUUUUUGGAGUUCCAAUAAUAACAAUAAUAAUAAUAAUAACAUUCCCGGGACGGUAGUAUCACAAGCAACAGUAACAAACAACGAUAGAGUUGAUACACAAGAAACAGAUGAAUUGAUUUCAGAUGCUCCAAGUGUCCCAAUGAAACGAAAGUCGGUACAAACAAAUACUGCACGGCUGGUUGUAUUACGACAUAAACCUUCUACCACAUCACUAGCAUCGUUAACAGCUGGGAAAUGGCUUGGUUGGAAUUCAAGAAAGGAUACAGCCCAACUAGCCGAAGAAGAAGAUGAAGUAAAUAAUGAAAACCAACAACGAGAUUCUAACGAAGAAUAUUUAGAAGAUGAAGAGUUACAAAAUGAUGACACUAUCCCCGAUGAUAAUGGUGACGAAGUGGAUGAUCAUGUAAGUAAAAAGAAAUCAACCAGUUGGGCUUUCUGGUCAAACAAUAGUAAUAGCAAUAGUAAUAAUAAUCUAGAACAACCCACACUGUCGUCACCACCACCCUCGUUACCAUUACCACUGCAAGACAAUAAGUCAGAUAAAAAUAUUGUUGAUUCAGCAAAUGAUACUACAAAGAAUAAAAUUGGUCAUGUUGCAAAUACAAUUGUAAAUUCUACAGCAUUGCUUCCUUCAAAACUGGAGCUAUCCAAUAAAAGUACUGACCCAUCACAAGAAAACAAUGAUGCGGAUGAUGCAGUGUUGUAUAAGCCACAUGAUAAAACUGCACAGUUCAACCAAAUCAAUACCCAUAAAAAUGAAAACUUGAAGGAGAAUAUCAUUGUUCCUGAUUGGAAAACUUGUUUACCUCAUGCAUCAACGGGUAUUAUUUUCAAUUCGUCUACAACAUCCAAUCAAGGUAACUCGAAUCAAACCAUACGAACAGAUCUUAAAAACUGGAAACAAUUUUUAAAUCAAAUAUCUACAAAAUUUGGAUUUUCAACCGGCCCAGUUAUUCCUGAACCAGAGAUACCGCCACCACAACAUGAUUCUAAUAGUGAUCGCAGCGUGGAAAGGGAUGUGGGUUUAUUAUACGAAAAGUCAUAUAAACUAUAUGGAAAGUCACUAGCCAUCUUGCCUGAAGAUAAACGAGGUUGUCUACCAAACUACAACAAAUAUUACCACAGCAUAGACGGCACACCAUUUUCCUCUGCUGUUGUUGCUUCUGGCUCCUCCUCUCCAUCUCAAUUAGAAGAUGAUUCGGCUGACCCGAAUUCCAUAAGUAUAACAAAUGAUGCCAUGGGGAACUUGUUGAUAAAUGACUCUAAACGUCGUGCACUUCAUACGGCGCCAAAUGCAGAAGUGGUCAAUCAUAAAGCAGGUCCUUUAAAGAAAAUUAAAAAUAUAUUGAUCAUUGGAGUCCAUGGUUUCUUCCCAACAAGGAUGAUCCGUCCUAUUAUUGGUGCACCAAAGGGUACUUCAUUAAAAUUUGCCAAUGAAGCGGAGAAAGCCAUAAUUCGUUACUGUUUGGAAAACGAUCUUAUAAAUGAAUACGAGUCAAAGGUUAGUAUUCAAAAGAUUGCUUUGGAAAGAGAAGGAAAGAUUUUUGAUAGAGUUGAGUUCUUCACCGAGAUUUUACAAAAAUGGGAAAACGAAUUAAACAAUGCAGAUUUUAUCUUUGUCGCCUCGCAUUCCCAAGGUUGUGUUGUUUCCAUAAUAUUGUUGGCUAGGUUAAUCAAAUUGGGAAUUUUGAAAGAUCCAAUGCACAAACGAAUUGGUAUCUUGGGAAUGGCAGGGGUCAACAAUGGCCCCUUUUAUGGUGUUGAUAAGUCGUUCUUCAUGAAAGCAUAUUCCGCCAUUGAACAUGAAUCUAUGAAUGAAUUAUUUGAACUUAACAAGUUUGAUAGUCAGCAGUCACUUGCUUACAAGGACUCUAUUCAAACCAUUAUAAAUGUCAAUGUCAAGAUCUGUUUGAUUGCCUCGAUUAAUGAUCAAUUGGUUCCCUUAUUUUCAGCAUUGGCAUCGCAUAUUUUCCAUCCAAAUAUCUAUCGUGCGUGUUAUAUUGAUUCUACAUCUCAGACUCCAAAGUUUGUUGAGAAGUUAGUUUCAUUAUGUACUCAUUUAAUUAAUGUCGGAUUUUUCGAUAACAACGUAAUCAAGGAGUUAAGUACAUCAUUAGCGGGUUCUUUCACCGGGAAUGGACAUUCGAAGAUUUACAAUGAUGGUAAAGUUUAUGAUUUGGGGAUCAAGUUUGUCUUGGACACCGAUGACAUUGUUAUUCCUUCAGAAAAUGGAGAGGUUUCAGGUGAUUCUAGAGCCAGUGAACUACCAGUAUCAAACCAAGUCUACACCAAGGAGUUUAAUAUUGCUAAAAUUGGUACCAAUCCAUACAUUUUACCAUGGUGCUUAAGAGGAUUCUUGUUUAAUGUCGAGAAGAAUUGGCCAAAUCGAGAUGUGACUCGUUAUGAAAAUGAAUACGGUUUGAAGAAUGGAUAUGAAGAGAUUCAUGAACUUUAUGAAACUUUUGAAAAUUGGAAACCCGAAACAAAGGUUUACAAAGAUCUUAAAUUCAGAUUAAAUGGAUUUCGAGCCAGCAAGUUAUGA